GAUGCACCAUGUACCAACCAUCUAACUGAAACUCCAAAACGAUAAGGAUUCACAUAGAAACUUCUAAAAUGAGCUGCUCAUUGAGCUUCCAAAUUCCCAAAGCUCUGCCUUCUCUCUGCCAAUCCCACUGUAAAGUCCCUUCUGUCUCCAUUCACUCUAAACAAAAACAAUCCCACAAUCCCAAACCAAACAAGCACAACCAGGAACCAACAACUAUUACCGGAAAACUCAUCAGCUACUUUAAUCCUAAAAAAUCUUGUUUGGCAAUCCAAGUUGGAGCACUUUUGAGCUCUGUUGUGCAAUUACCAGCAUAUGCAGUCACUGGAGUAAAUGAUGAAGAAGACAUCAUAUGGGUAUUGAUACAGUUAGCCAUUUCAGCCUUCUUCUACUUUCUUGUCGCCCCGCCCAUUAUAAUGAACUGGCUGAGGAUCAGAUGGUACAAGAGAAAUCUGUUGGAGAUGUAUUUUCAGUUCAUGUUUGUCUUCUUGUUCUUUCCAGGUGUGAUGCUUUGGGCACCAUUUCUGAACUUCAGAAAAUUCCCAAGGGAUCCAUCAAUGAAGUAUCCAUGGUCUACACCUGAAGAUCCUUCCAAAGUCCGAAACUCAUACCGUAAAUAUCCUUGGGCUACCCCUGAUGAUUACGAAUAACUUGCUUCGAUGAUUCAUCAUCAUGCAACUUCAAGACGAAAUUUAUUACAACAAAUUAUAAAGUUAAUUGGUUCUGAUUUUGUUUUCAUUUUUGUAAUUUUAGAAACAAAAUAAUAAUAAUAAUAAUAAUAAUUGAUUACAUCCAUCAUUUUCAUGUUGUUUCUAAUUUUGUAUAAAUUUACUUAUUAGUGCUUAGUUCUGAAUAAACUGUUUUCCAGAAAUAUUCGCCAAACGAGUUUUCUAUGUUUUUCAAAAAAUGAAAUAAAAUCAAACACAAGCAACGCCUGCUUCCCAGAAAAAACCAGACACUCAAACAUGGUCACUCGAACAAAAUCAUAACAGAAUUAUAUCAAUUCAAAUAAAGCCCCACCCCCAUUACCAAUAUCCAAUUCAAUCAAAAUCCAGGACCAAAAAAAAUAAAAAUAAAUUAGAACUUAAAUAUCUAAACAAAAAAAAAACAAAAACAAAAACAAAA